CUCCUCCAAAAACCCUAAGACACGGACAAGAACAUGCAAGAGGUCACGCACGCACCGGUAUGCAGGCCCUUAUCAAAGAACAGAGACACACUGUUGCAGGCAGCCUCCUCGCUACUUGAUUACAUGUUUCAGAUUCGAGAAUUUAUGGUCAGUGCGAAGAUGGAGGAAUGAUGGCGAUGAUGUUGGUGAUUAGUGGAAGCAACUAGCUGCACGACUAUGAGAUAAGAUGCUAAAGUGAAGUGUGAUGGAUCUAUCUGUACUUAUCCAUGGAAAUCUGAAUGACUCGAAAAGAAGGGAAUUGAUAAUGUAAAUCUUUACCAGUUGGCAAAUGAGCAUAUUUCCAUCGACGUGCAUGUAGUAGUCAAGUUACUAUCGCACGGGCGGUGGCCGCCGUCGCUUUCCCAGCCCAACAAUCAGGACUAGAUUCGCUCAGAUCCACCUCGCAAAUCCCCAGUGCGGCGCGGCCCUGUCGGUCCUCUGUCUGCAAACGCGACUACACCCACCAAACCAACCACUCCUGGUCCAAUGGCUACAGCCACCGCAAUGAGAAUGAAGCGCCGCCCCGCUCCGCCAGUCAUUAAUCGCCGCCCAGCGAACUCGAUCCCGCAGGCGAGGAAGCUCGAGCAGGGAGACUCGUACGUACGAGGUGCAGAAGACCGAAAAAAUGAAUCUUGUCGAGGAGGACCAGCAGUGGUCGAAGAUUGACAACGAAGUAAGAGAGAACAGAGGGGCUCACUGCGUUUAAAGGAAUCACCAACCAACCAACCAACCAGCCAGCCAGCCAGCAACUACUUGAGUCCCUUUUAAGUCUCCAGGAAGAUCGAAGAGAGGAAAUUGGGAAUGGGAUUGAAAAGUGAGGAGAGGAAAGGCAGAAGAGUGACGACAAAACACAGCACUUGAUUCAGGAGGGCCCUCCUCCUUUCCACCUUGACUCUGGUCCCCUGUUCGAUUAAAGCAAGGAAUUCGAUGGUACCCAGUCAAACGAUGGAAUGGCAACUCCCACACUGGCAGAUGCAGCAAUUCGGUUCUUGGGAAAGCAAUGGGGGUUUUCGAUGUCCAUCGGAGCGAGCUAACUCUUCUUUAGAGGGAGGGACGAGGAGAACUCAUGAGCAGAGCUUGCUGGUUUUGCUCCUCUUUCUGCUACCACUAAACAAUAUGAAUCAUGGAAGAUUCCCAAUCAUCCUUCUCCCUCCACGGCAGACAGCCAUGAUUGCGUCCCUCUCCUCCUCUUAAAGUUCAGGGAAUUGAGCUCCUUCCACUCUCCACACUCGCUCCACCGCCGCACUCCCCUGUUUUUUUUUUCUUUCUUUUUUUGUCUCCGCCAUGAGGCCUGCUUCCAGCGCCGUCGAUGGGUUCUUCUCCCACCUCACUAACGGCCUCGAUGAGCUGGACCAGUCGCUGGCGUCGGACGACUUCAUGUCUCUUCACUUCCUGCAGCACACCGCCACGCUCCUCCGAUCGAUCCACUCGCAGCUCACCGGCGUCGUCCAGAAGCUCCACCUCCCCGUCGGCGGAAAGUGGCUCGAUGAGUACAUGGACGAAAGCUCCCGACUUUGGGACCUUUGCCACGUCAUCAAGCUCGGCGUCUCCGGCGUGGAGAGCUACUGCUCCGCAGGCUCUGACGUCGUCUCCUCGAUUGAUCGAUGGCGACGUGCCGACCCCAAUCCCCAUCUCGCGCGCCAGGUGAUGCGCUCGGUGGCAAUAUGCCGGCGAGAGGCGAUGGGAUUGGAGGAGGAGAACCGAGUGCUUGUGGAGACGAGGAUCCCGCCGGCAUCGCUCAGGUUUGAUGAUCGCGUGCCGAUGGAAUCCAGGUACAACGGGUUCAAUGGCUUCCGGCGAGUGCUCUACGCGCUGCGAAACGCCAGUUCACUGCUGCUAAUGAUCCUGCUAUGGGGAUCGGUCUCCUGCUCGCCGGAGUUGGCCGUCAUGAAGAACUCGACGUUCUUCAGCUCAGAGUUUGCCGCCUCGAUGGUCAGGCUGCAGCAGCGGAUGGUGGAGAAGAUGGAAGGACUAGCCGAUCGGCCAGGGAUCUUGAUGUACGAGUUCCAGCAGGCGCAGGCGGCGGCCGACGAGCUACUAGAGGAGUUGGAGAGAGCAGGGUGCGAGCUGGACUUCGCUGGAGGAGCUUUCAAGGAGAAGGCGGAGAGCCUGAAGGGCUGGCUCGCGAUGCUGCGAUGUGGAACUGAAAAUCUCGUAGGUCAAAUGGAUGAUUUCUUUGACGAGAUAGUGGAAGGAAGGAAGAAACUGUUGGACAUCUGUAGUCACUGAUAAUUCAUCAAGCUUCAAGGAUCAAAACAUGGCAAAGAAAACAAGUUGCACUAUCACUUAUCGAUCGAAAUGUGUUACAAAAAUUUCAUGUAAUUGUUCAUUUUGUUUGGCUAAACCUUCAGAAGUUCAACAAA